CACUAUAAACAAAAUAGCGAGCCUCGCGCACGAGCUACGUUCGCUGCGCAGGCCGGCGACCGUCGCGUUUUUGGAAACUGAGGGUUUUUCGUUCAGGACAUGAAGCUUUCGCCUCUGCCCCUUCUCUUGGCUGUUGUGUGUGUAAAUGGGCGACUUGACCUAGAAAUAAAUGAGAAGCACCAUGCUGCAUUGGGAGCAUGCCAGGCCUGCAAGGCUGUCGUGAAGUCAUUCAAAGCAGCCAUGGAGAAGACGGCUCGCGGCUACCACGAGGGCGGUGACACCGACUGGGAGGAAAAGAAACUUAAGAACUAUGCUCACUCUGAGGUCCGCCUGGCAGAGAUCCAGUCCAUGCUCUGUACGGACAUUGUCGUCGGCAAGAGCCAGUGUCACGACGUGGCCAACGACGCCGAGGAGGCGAUAGAGACGGAGUGGUGGCCGGCCGAGCCGCGGCCCGACCUCCACCUGUGGCUGUGUGUGGAGCGGCGGCGCGUCUGCUGUCCGGCCGGCCACUACGGACCCACCUGCCAGCCGUGUCCCGGCGGCCCGGACACGCCCUGUUCCGGACACGGACACUGCAAGGGUGACGGCUCGAGGAAGGGCAGCGGCGCCUGUGCCUGCAACAAGGGCUAUUCUGGCACGCUGUGCAACGCGUGCAAUGUCACCGACCAUUACGAGGCCUACAAGGACGAUAAUAAGUUGGUCUGCUCGCCGUGCCACAAGUCCUGCGACGGAGCCUGCGCAGGGGCUGGUCCUAAGCACUGCGUCCGCUGCGCCUCUGGCUACCAGUGGGAGUCCGAAUACGGCUGCUCGGACAUCAACGAGUGCCUGAAGCCGGACACGUGCCGCACCAACCAGCUGUGCAUCAACGACCCCGGCAAAUACACCUGCAUGGACUGCGACAGGGCGUGUGCCACGUGCCACGGCGACGGUCCCGAUAUGUGUCACGAGUGUGCUACUGGAUACGUCAAGAAAGGCAAACUUUGUGUCGACAGCGAGGCGGUCGGCAAGGAACAGCACGUGACGGUGGCGCGCUACCUCACCUACCUGGGCCUGUGUCUGGCCACCUGCAUACUGCUUCAGCGGAGCGUCAGCUUGGCCGCCAUCGUGGGCCUCCUGGUGGCCGGCUACAUCACACUGUCCGAGUACCACCUGGACAGCCGCAGCAGCCUCUGACCGCUCGCCGCCGGCUAGCCGCGCCCCGUACAGUGAGACACUGAGACAUUGAGACACUGGAGACAAUAGAGAGACAGUGGGAAACAGCGGGAGACCGUCAGAAACAGUGGAGAGGAACGGUGGAUACUGGGACUGGCGAGGCCGGAGUGCGAGUUGGUUACUAGAGGCGAAGGAGAUAAGACUGAAGUCAGUGUGGAGUUUUGGGCAAUCGGUGCGAGUGCUGGUGUGUGGGGUCUGGCGAGUGGGUCGUGUGGGAAGAAUGGUGGUGGAUGUCUUGCAAAGGGGUGUGUUACUAUGGGCUAGGAGGUUUACAAAGAGGCUUGGCAAACCGCGAUGCAGCAAGAGUGUGUGUGCUCCGAUGAACGUCCGGCAGCACUCAGUUCUGGUGAAGAGGAGUGCGACAGCGCGAAAGAGAACAAUCAUGAGUUGUGAGAAGAUAUCAUGACUGGUGGAGCAACUCUCAGGACACGGCAGUGGUGUGGUGCUGAUGAAGUCAGUGCAGCUAAGGAAACAUCAGUCUCGACGUUGUGCCAUGUCUCGCCGAAGUAUCUUCUCACCGCUCCUAGUCUUGCGUGUGUGGAUAGAUCGCACCCAGUGGUCAAGUCGGCUGUCAUGGUGCCUACAGUUACAUCUUAGGAACUUCCAUGGCUUCUUGACAUUCUAUAUCCACGUCUGUCCUCAAUAUUGCACCGACUGUAUUCCACAAUGAGGAGUUUGCACCUGCACUGUUUCUCUACGUUUGUACUGCGAUUGGGAGGAAUAUGGUCUCGUGGAUAGUAGUUAAGGACGACGGGGCGAUAUCGUGAUAGCCAGCUGUCGUUGUGUGGUGGCAUUCUGAAGGUGGCACUCUACAGUGAACCGAUUCCAGCAGUAACUCCCACUUAGCGCUGCAGGUAGAGAUGGAUUCUGUUCGGAAUCGCGGAUAUGCCAGUUUUUGAGGUGUGGGAAAUAGUUCCAUGGACGGGUGCGCGCACAGCUUGAGUUGGCGGAAUAGAUUUGAAUCUAGUCUUGUUUUUCGUUGAGUGGUCCUCGCGAUGUAUGUACUUUGUCAUAAAGGAUUGUGAUAUUGAUUGUUUGUGGAUCUGAGACAUGAGUUGGUCCAUGCUGUAUGAUCUUUGGUUUUUUAGGAAAUUUGAAGCUCUGAAGGUAUCUGAAUGGUAUCCCUAAAUCUUUUUUCGGGGAGUGUAUUUCCUUUGGAUAUUGUGAUGAUAGCUAGGCAUUUAUUCGUAUAUUUUUUCCUUGAGUUUGAUCUCGCGAGAUCCACAGCUAACCUCACUCUCUGUAGGCGCCCAUUGCUCGUGCACAUUCUAUGCUGACAUUGCUCAUACAAACUGUGCUGCAAAUAGUUGGUUGAUGCGUAACAUUUGACAGCUUGUCACAUCUUUGGAAAUACGGAGCGAGGGGCAUAGAGCGUUCAAUACCACAGUGAACAUAGGAUACACAACACACAAUGAAUGAAAUGAGAUAUUUGCUAUUAAUUUGGCGGCAGUAAUCGUUCAUGUUGAAAAGAUCACUUUUUCCUAGCACUGCACUGUAAAGCGUCUACCGCUCCACAAUGUUUCUAUUGUUCUAAUUCUUAUUGUUUGUCACACGUUCACGUCCAGGGACAAUGCUCUGUCCCUCGAACACAACACGUCUUGUCUCUCUUCCGGUUGCUGUCUUGUCCUUCGCUACCAACAUGCUCACUCCGCUGAUUGAUAAAACCCAGCCGCUAAGGUGUGCUCAGUCACUACAAAGCAGGGAUGUCCUGUGGUGUGUUGCCCAUCGGCCAGACGGCAUGUUCCUAACACCUACAGAGCUGCUGUGAUCAAAAGGUUACUAAAUCGCUUUAGUUCCAAAUGUCGUUCUGUUUGACCGAGACUCUUGUGCCUUGCAAGCUGCGGAGUUGAAUUGAGGUCCUUUCUUUUUUAGCACUAAUCCUCGCUGUUCGACGCUGUUAUCUAUUUAUUUUUCUUUUGUUUUGGUUUCUUAUGCAGUUCGUCGUCCCUACUUUCAGACGAGGCGAAAGCCGACGAAUAUGACGACGAUGAGGAGUCUAACGAAGAGGAGACAUCCGGUGAUCUGAAUCCCCCCGAGAACGAAGAUCUAGCAUCUGACUCGGCCAACGCCGAGCAGGUUUCCGAUGAGCAGCCAUCGACAGAAUCUACGGAUGAUGCUGUGCCCUCAGAAGCGGAAAGUGCCACGUCACACACGGAGCUAUGACAUAAUCGGCGCAUAGCAUCUAGGAACAUUGAAGUGUCAAGGUCAGUGGCAUUGACACGAUGUACGCAAUAUUUGGGAUGUCGAAAACGCUGUGACAUCGACACGAGAUGGAAUGGUAGGACCGGUGGAAUUGGAAUUUUUGGUGUGGUGUAAGCCAAGCUUUUAUCGACGCACACUGUGACUGACUCCUGCGCUCAGCCGUAGCGAAGGGGACGGCGAUCAUGACUGAGCAACUUACUUAGACAUUAGCCUCAGGAUAUGUUGUACUGCUGGACAAGGUUGGGCUCAAACGAAGCUAGGAAAGCACACGUUUAUCGGCAGAUCUCCAGUCUGGCGUUACUCUCGUUAGUUCGACACUAAUCGAUUAUUUAUUCGAGUAGAUGCUUGCGACAUGGCACAACGAGUCAUUAUUCUCCGUUAUGAUGUGUGUUAUGUGCUAGGGUGUGGGAUUUUUCCCGAGGGAAGGGGUUGGGUGGAAAUUGUGUGUGAAGGGUGACGGUUUGUUUUAUUUGAUGUGACGUUCGUCCUGAGAAAUUUGUGGCAUUUUGGUGGUUUUUCCUUCUAUUGCCGUGAACUCGAACCAGUCGUAAUUAUUCCAUCAGUAUUUUAUCAUAACACACUAUCGAAGCUCGUUUUAUCUGGAUCGCACCGCUUACUUGUCAGUAAGUAAGUAAAAGUGUGCGUUCCAGGUCAGCAGCCUAAAUUGCAUCGUUACAAAAUUGGUUCUUGCUUUAAAACAAUUGAGACGAGCUAGGCUAGACACAUGUUUCUCAUCAUUUCAUCACGAUACCUAUAUUUCGUUUUACAUAUCUCGUUGCAAGGUCCGUCUUAUGUGGUGUUAUUAAAUGUGCCGUGCAUUGCCUUGGGUGUGUUUUAUGUUCAUUCCAUGCCCAAUAAAUGUGGGUCAAGAUCCUA